AUGGUGGCGCCACAACCACCACCACCACCACCACCACCACCACCACAUCUUCUCAAUCUCCCGGCCGAAAUCCGCAACGUAAUCUAUGAUUCAAUCAUCCUCGCAAGUCUAAAGCUUGGAGAAGGAGUGGAAGGAGGAGAAUGUAUCCCAUUGCGACAAGCUUUGACAAAGCAACCCACACUCGCUCAGACAUGUCGAAAGCUGAGGAGAGAGGUUUUGUCGAUGUGGUACGCACGGGGUGAAAAACUUCUGAUCGAUAUCGAGCAGGAUAUUGGGCCGUGUUAUGGAUGGGCGGAAUUUUGUGUGAGGCCUCCGAUUACAGGAAAGGGUGAGGGGGGUUUUGAGUGUAUGGAGAGGCAUGGUGAGUAUGGAUGA